CUUAACACACAACAUUCAGUUCUAGUUCUGCUGUUGACUAUAUAUCUCUCUUCAUCUAGUCUGAUCUGACCUGUGGAGAAGAAAAAAGAAGGAAUGGCCAUCUUCUGUUUUCUUGUAGACCAAAGGAAGCAAGUCCGAGGGAGGAAGCCGGCUGCCGGUUUAUGCUCGAGGUGUGGAGGAGGAGCAGUGGUGGCUGACAUGAGAACCUCCACAAGAUUCUGCGGGGUUCCCUUUUACCGCAAAGCUUGGAAGGCCAUUGUCUGUCACUUCUGCGGCGCUGUGCUCAAGUCUUACCACUGAUAACUGAUGAGCCAAACAUAUUUGUUCUUUUUUUUUUUUUCCUAAUUCCAUUUGUUUGUUUUAAUGAAUCAAAGCUACGUUCCAUUGUAUGUAGCUUGAUUGCCUAGAAAACCCUACUGUUUAUUUGUUAUUCAGCGGUUUCCUAUAAGCUUUUGAGAUGGAUCUUCUCCUUUUGCUUAUCAUAAACUGAAGUUGACACACAAGUUUGGUAAGAAAAGUUAAUAGGAAAAGUAUGAAGGAAUGAAUAAAUCCAAACUAAC